GGCAGAAUAAUUAACUACUGUAUCAUCAUACGUUGCUCAUGAUGGCACAAGCUGGUUGCCUGAGACAGCUGUACUGUUCACUUCAGUCUGUCUGUCAAAAUGUAGUGUCCAACCCAUCCUUACAUUUUCUCCUGCAGAAAAGUCAUACAAAAGAGCCUAGGUUAUUACUUUAUUUGUCAAGAGGAUUCAGUGAUGCAAGAGUAAAGUCUGAGUCACAAGUGACAGCAUUAGAAAAAGAACAAAAUAUGGAACUUCAGAUGCAGAAUAGAGAACAUCAUUUGAGAGUGAGAAGACAUAACAGUAACACAUACAGGCCUGACUUGAGAGCCCAAGACAGCAAGAGAAACAAAACAAAUGGCUGGGCAGACACAUUUGGAACUUUUCAAGAGGAUACCUUGGAAGAGAGGAUAAAAGAAUCAUUAACCUGUGAAGUUGCAACUCAUGAUGAAAGAUUGACUGAUGAUGAGGAGGAGGAGAAGGAUGAUCGUAGUCAUAUUAGGCUUUCUGCAACAAACCGUCGCCACAUUCCAACGUGGUAUGGGAGAAAGAUUAUAAGGUUUAACAAAAGAGGGAGGGUUCGGGAAGCAAUCCAACUGCUUGAAGAAAGCAUGCUGAAGAAAGACCGAGUAAAACCCGAUGACUAUGUUUUUACAUCACUUAUUUGUGGUCUUGGGCAUGCAGGCUACACAGCCAAGGCAUUCAGUUUGUUUAACAAGAUGAAGAAAAUGGGUAUCAUGCCAAAGCCUCAGACAUAUACUGCCUUAUUUAAUGCUUGUGCAAACUCUCCCUGGCCAGAGGAUGGGCUGCGGAGGGCAGAUCACUUGUGGCAACUGAUGCAAGAGAAGGGGAUUGAGCCCACACUUAUCACUGGCAAAGCUAUGAUAAAGGCGUUUGGCAUGUGUGGAGACCUGCGCAAGGCAUUUGCCCUUGUGGACCAGCUUUCACAGACUUUCAGGCUGGACCAAGAAGUUUUCAGCAGUAUCUUGAUGGCCUGUGUGUCAGACAAGCAAGCAGGCCUCCGCUAUGCCAUUCAGGUGUGGCGAUUAAUGCUGCGAAUGAGAGUACGUCCAGACCUUCCCUUGUACAACCUUCUCUUACGUUGUGUUCGUGAUUGUGGUGUAGGAGAAGUGGCAGCUAUUGAAGAUCUGUUAGGAGAGACAACUUACUCUGCAAAAGAGAAGACCCAGCCACGUGUUUCCUCCAUGGAAGACAAUAAAAAAGUUCUCUUACCAUCACCAGUGAUGACAGGUAUCACAGAUGGUUUUCCUGCUUCUAAAGUAAACCAGAAAGAAGACUUUCUUGAGUCUUCAGGAUACCAUUCAAAGUUGGAGGACCUUGGUGGUGUCAGCUCAAAAAAGAGGACUUACAAAAUGGGGUACAAUAACCCAGACUCAAACAAGGACAUCAGCCAAAGAAUUUCACAAGAUGGACAAAAGGAGCUGUUGAGCAAUUUAUCAUAUCCAGUCAACAUUCCAGACCUGCUUUCCCCCAUCUCUUGUACAGCAGCAGUUUCUGCACUGGGGGAUUUAUCAAGUAAAGAAAGCCGAUUGGCCCUUCUGGGUGGUGUUGAUGGCAUUUUGAAAAGAAUGGAAAAAGAUAUGGUCCAGCCAGAUAUUCGCACUUUCAGCCAGCUGGUUACAGUUGCCAUGCCCACAUUAGAGGCAGAGAACAAAUUAAUGGCAGAUAUGAAAAAGAUGAAGGUCCAACCAGAUGUUGACUUUUUCAACAUGUUAAUGCACAAAAGAAUUGCAAGGAGAGACUACGCAGCUGCUAGGGAUGUUCAAGAAGAAGUUAAAAAGAACAAGCUAACUGCAAAUUUAAGGACUUAUGGUAUAUUAGCAAUGACAUGCCGGUCUGAAAAGGAUGGGCAACAGCUUCUGAAAGACAUGGAAGAUGCAGAAGUUCAGCCAAACAUUGAGAUCUUCGGAACACUAAUGAGAGCAUCAGGUCUCAAGUUUGGUUACAAGCUCAGAGUGCUUCAAGUUAUGCAAAAAUUGGACAUAGCCCCCAAUACUACAUUCCUCCAACACAUUGAAAAUAGUCUUGCACUAGCUCGUCAAAAGAUUGUUGAAGCAGAAACAAAAGAAGAGAAAGAAAAUUUUCUUCUGUCUGAGAAAUUUCAGAAGAGCAUGGAGCGAUUUGAACAUGAGUACCAAGAAUGGCUGAAAACAACAAAAGUAGGAAAAAAUCCUCAUCCAUGGGCAGCUUUCAAACCCAAGCCCCUCACAGAUGAUGCUGAGGCUGCAGUCAGCUGAGUAAAGGCAGAAUUUCUAGGCUCCUUUGGUUUCUCUCUCAGGGGUGAUUACAGUGGCUAAAACACCUGUCACCACAACAGCAGAGAAUCCAGUGUCAAGAUCUUCAGUAUACCUCUGUUUGGAUGUGACAUCUGUUUACAGGGCUGUUAGUGGUUUCUUACAGAUACCAUGGUUUCCCCAACCCUCUGUGUGUGUGUGUAUUCUUGUAUGAAAGGUUCAAUACAUAUCCCUAAAGCAUAUGUGCUUGUGCACCUGUGAGUCAGGGUGAAAGCACCAUAUAAAUAUUCGCAGUAACUGUAUCUGAAAAAAAUAUCUUGAGUAGGGUGGUGAAUAUAUUUGAAGAUUGGGGGAAUGGGGAACCAACAUGAAAAGUUGUGUAUUGAUGGCAGUAGUUGUGAGACGUGUGUCGAGCACUUCAACCAUGUGCUUGGCAUUCCUAACAGCAACAUGAACUUGCAAAACUUCUCAUAAGGAGUUCUGUACUAAUUUUCACCUGAUUAGUUAACUUUCUGGGUGUGCAUGCUUUUUUGUUGUUAUGCUACAUGACAGUGUUGGGGCAGUCCAGUGGUGCAAAGGUUUGCACCUGUAACCAAUACACUGAGGAUUAGCUGCCCUGGGUUUAGAUCUCAUCUUGGACACACUUCUUCUCUGCACAUGGCAUCUGUCUACAGGUCUGGCUGGCUGCCAUGCUGUGAUAUAACCUUAGAUGCUGGCUUGGUGUAAAACAUUAAUCCCUCCCCCUACACACACAUUAAAGUGUUAACUGAAGUUACAA